GUCGCCGAGGCGUCGCUGCUCUCAUGUACGACGUCGUAUUUUUAGCCAUGAUUAUGAACAAGGUAAUAGAUAUGGCAUAGUACAACAAACCCGUCUGGUUAUUCAACAUAAUAUAUUCACUUCCGAAAAUAUGAUCCAGCAAAGGUUUUAUUCACGAAAAUACCAUCGGGUGUUUCCCAGCACGUACAAAUUUUCAUGGAUCGUGUGCCAUAUGAAUAUUUAAUACGUAAUUUGCAAAAUGGCUCUAGUCAUGUUGCCAAGCGACUUGCCAUGGUGGGAUUCGGUGAAAAGACAGCUCAAACAAAUUUCCGAAUGCAGGAAUUCCAAAGAUUUGGUAGAACGAAUGCACAAAAUAUACGAAAUGUGCAACGUGAGUUUAGAACCUGAUGAAGAAACAGUCGAUCCCAAACAGUUCACUAGAUUCCAAAAUUUUUUAGACAAUGACCUCACGAAUGCAGAAAGAAACGUUUUUUUCUCUAAAACCUUGCCGAAUAUGGUGUCUAGGGCUCUGCAGUUGAAAGAACUUAGACCUAGAGGAGGCCUGCACUUCAGUUUGCAACAACAAUCUGAUUGUACAGAGCUACAAUAUUCCUUUGUUUCCUCAUUGAUAGCUAAUGCUUUCUUCUCAACAUUUCCCAAAAGGACUAGCAGAACUCAUCCUACCUUGCAAAAUUUCAAUUUCGGCGAAUUUUUCAAAACAUUGAACAGCAAUGUACAAAAAUCAAAACUCAAAAGUGUUCUGUAUUAUUUUGAAUGGCUAGAGAGCGCCGAAAAUUCAAAUGGUUCCUUGAGAAUUCUCAGACAGGUAAUGAGCAGUAAAGAAUGGUUGACAAUAGAAGACUGGCUGGAAUGUAAUCUACCAUUAUGUCACCUAAAAAUCAAACAUGAUGGAAAAUUAGACAGAUCCGAGGAAGAUUCCCUUCAAAUUUGCUUUGCAAGCUCUAAAAUCGGAGGUGACGUUUUGGAAAACGGAUUUGCACAGGAAUGCAUAAACUUGGUAACUGCUCCAGAACUUUUGGCUGUUCUUCUAAACGUAGAAGCCCUAGAAGACAACGAAGUUUUGACUGUAGAAAAUGUGCGACACAUAUCAAGAAUAACGGAUCCAAAACAACGUGCACUAUUCGAAAAAAUCGAAUCACCAAAACAGAUAACCGUAUGUUGUAUGGAUGCCGAAGAUUACACCAAACUGCCCAUAGGUCAAUACGAAGAAGACAAUAUACUGAGGGAAUUGAACAAGUGCCUUCUGGGGUUCCAACAAAAACAAACUAAAUGUAACGAAAAAGGAACUCCACAAACGCCGCACAACAAUAGAAGAAGACUGUCUCCUAUUGGAGAAUCAAUUGGAUCUACCCUGUCUGAUACAGUGAAUGUUCCAAUGAUAACACAACAGUCUUGUAGUACAAAUCGCAGUGGUUCAAACUCACCAGUUUCUGAAAACAACAACACUUUGGGACAAAGGCUUUGUGUCCAAUUGAACAUGGACAAAAUCAUGCAAAACCGAGGAAAAACAGCGAACAGCGAUUCGCUAGUUCACAGCAGAAGAGGAAGAUUCAUCGUUCUUGGAUCUUCAGGAGAAUGUUUACCAAUCUCGAGAGUUCCUUUAGAAGACGAAAAAAGUGACUACUCGAGCUUCAGUUCUUCUGAAAAUGAAUUCCACAGCGCCAAAACCAGCUUAGACGAUGGGAGUGAAGAUGAAAAUUAUCACAAAAGAUACAGCAUAGACUUGGAAAAUCCCGAAAGGAGAAACCUGUUCGCUCAGAAACUCAAAGACGUUCUAAGAAAAGAGGUCACAAGUAAUACAGAGUCAUCUAGCGACGAAUCUAGUUAUGCUGUUGGCAUUUCUGUGGCUGGUUCCGGAUUGGAGGACCAAGAUAUUAGGGUUAGGCGGGGUGGUUCUACUGGUUUCGCCUUAAGAGAGGACUCUUUAGACGAGAAUUUCCUGGACUGUUCUUUGAAACAGGAAAAGCAAUGGAUAGACAAGUUCAAGAGCAAGCAGUCUGCUCUAAUCAGAAAAGAAUCGAAUAAAUCGUCGGAAUAUAGUUUCAGUACAGAAUACAGCUCUGAACUGGAAGAAGUGUAUGAGCAAUUUUCCCGAUGGCUUGAAAAUCCAUUAUUGGAAACAGAAAAAGGUACUAAAAGAGAAUUGGAUACGAGAGAGUUGGCUGUAGUACGAUUUGCAGGAUCAAUUUUGAAACGUACUUUGAGCGAAUCCUUCGUGGGCAUACCGGUUCCUAUGACAGAAAAUUGUGAUUCCAACCCUGGGGUAGAUACAGAGUAUUGCACAAAAAAGAACAAACUAGUAUUAAACGCGAAAUCUCUCAGUCUGGAACUUGCCAAACAGAAACACAGACUCGCAGCUCAACUGAGUAGUGAUUCUUCUACAAAGAAGAAUAGUUCUCCCUCACAGGCUAUUCAACAGUCGGAAAAUUUUACAAAAAAACGGAAAUUUUGGAUUGCUUCUUGCAUCACUGAAGCAAUAGUACAGACCUUAGAAGAUAUUUCGGUUAAUGUGAGUUUACCGCAAAGCUUACAGCUGUCCCAGAUCUCGUCGAGACCAGACACCGGCCCUAGGGCUGUUUCUACGGGCAACUGGGGUUGCGGGACGUCCCGCAAAGGGGACGUCCAACUCAAGGCCAUCGUCCAAUGGUUGGCGGCCAGCGUGGCGGGUAUUCCCCAUUUGGAAUAUCGGACGGCAGGCCAUCAGCAGCUCGUUAAAUUGGACACGGUGAGAAGGAUACUGAUCGACAGACGGUGGACGGUCAAGGAUUUGGCUCAGGCAGCGCUCCGCUACUCGCACCGAGUGCUCAGGGGCAAAGCCCUGAGCGGGACAUUGUUCGAGGAAUUGAUAGGGGCCGAUAGGACGAUGUAGGGGACAAUAUUUUCCCAUUUAGGGAAAGGGUGGAGGGAUGCUGAGUGCGAGAAAAAAUCCGUUUCAAAAUUCUGACAAAAAGAUCAGAAUUUUGAGAUACAAGCCAAAACUUUGAUUGCAGAUAAUAAUGCGAUUUGUUCCCAUGGGAUAAAGUUUUAAUUAAUUCAUGACUUAAAAUAAGAACAUUUGAAUUAAUUCACGACCAUUCCGACCCUGUUGACUUGCAUUCAAAAAUUCUGAUUUUUUUGGCACAAUUUUGACAUGUUGAGUUGCUAUGAGGAAUUUUAGAUACAGCUCAAAAUUCUGAUAAACAUUCAGAAAUUCAAAACUCAAAUUUAUUUCCUCUUAAUACAGUGGUGAAUUCAGAUUAUUUGCAAAACAGUGCCUGAACUGAUUGCCCAAAAUGCCCAAAAGCCUCGUCUUCCUAAACCACUGAACUUUUAUACAGAUUUUUGCCAAAUUAUCUCUAAGACAAUAUAAUGUAUCAUAAGGAUUGUUUAUUACAAAUUUUAAUAAAUAAAUACAACAGC